UUUGCUAUUCUUAAAACUCAACUCUGUGGUGCAGUGUUGAGGGAGAGCUCUCUGUUCUCCCUCCAAGUCUUUUCUUCUGCCUUUAGCGUUGUCUUGGUAAUAUGGUUUUUGUCGUUUUUUCCAUUGAACCUGCUUGAAAGUGAAUGGACUUAAUUGUGAGUGAAAAGUUUUUCCUGUUUGUGAAGACGUCUGCUUGAAAUCAGUCAUGAGCUCCAGCCUUGUCAACUCUUUAGCCAAAGUCUAUGAUCGAAACCCUCUUCAUGGUCAGAAGCCUGGUGGAAGGAAACUCUCUCUUAAUGGAUCAGAGAAGUCCCAAGCUUUUUCAUCUUCAUCACCAUCUUCCUCGCCUCAUGAUGCCACCCUGCACAAUGUGGAGAGCCGAAUUGACUCCCUGAGCUCUCAGAUGGAGCGCUUGCUCAACAUGCAGCAGACUGUCUUGACCCGGCUGGAUGGCUUGUCCCAGGAUGUCAGGGGUAUGGGCCAGGAUCUGGCAUCUAUGCGUGAUGAGGGCUAUGCGGGGAGACGUGGGUCAGGGCUCGAGGUGUGCAGGGAACUGUUUGGGGCGGUGGAGAGGACCAGCGAGCGGAUGGAGAGUCACGGACGCAGGUUGGAAGGGGUGGAGAAGCUGGUUGAGGGCACCCACCAGGUGAUCAGCUUCAUUGGGGAGGUGGUGAAGAACUCCAGGCUGGUGGAGCUGCUGUUUAAAGAGUCUGGAAACAAGGCUAACAAGAAGGCAAAUAAUGACAAGGAUAAAGCCAAACUUACCCCGAAGGGCUUGAAGGCCCAGAAGAAGAGGAAACCUCUUGACACGUCAGAUACGUCCUCGCUAAAUGAGCCAGUGCUGCAGGAACAGGUGGAAAAGCUCAACAGGCAGAACACUGAGCAUUCCCAUGGAAAAGCAGAGGCUGACAAUGAAAGGGGAGAGGAGAGGGGAAGUGGAGGAAGAAGACAGAAGCCUGCAGAGCUGAUCCUGGAUGGACCACACGCCUCCGCUGCCCAGUCAGAGGAGAGGAAGAAGGCAACUACGGAGAAAGAGGAAGAGGAGGAUGUUUUUGAGCAUUCAGAGUCCGAGGAAGGGGAAGAAAAGGGAGAAGAUGUUAGUCCAGAACAGGCUGUAAAAGUGCAGGAUGAUGGGAAGAAAAAGCAUAUAGGAGAGGCAGAAGAGUCGUCAAAAUCUGAAAAGGCUCCAAUGGUCAUCGCAGAUGUCCUACCACAGGAAAGCUCUGAGGAGGUCGGCGAUGUGGCCACUUGCAGCAAACGUCGUGUCACAGAAGAAGACCUGUUGAAGGACGACCUCAAAAAAAGCAGAGUAGAAGACAGUAAAGUGGAACAUGCUGAUGAGCAGGUGGUGGAGGGGGCAGAGCCACAGGCCUCCAAAUCUGACGAAGGAAAGACAGAAGUGGAAGAAGAGGGGAAGGAGGGAGAGUCUGAUGUGAAGAAGUUUAUCAUUGACUCAAGCCCCCCUCCAUUAGCACCUUUUGACCACCGCAUCGUGACUCCCAAACCCCAUCAGAUAGCAAACUAUUACACCAUCAACAGGGACGAGGUCCUGGGAGGGGGACGUUUUGGACAAGUCCACAAGUGCAUGGAGAACUCGUCUGGUUUGAUGUUGGCUGCCAAGAUCAUCAAAGCGAGGAGCCAGAAAGAGAAGGAGGUGGUGAGGAAUGAGAUCCAGGUGAUGAACCAACUGAACCACGCCAACCUGAUCCAGCUGUACGCCGCAUUUGAGUCGCGCCAUGACAUCAUCCUGGUCAUGGAAUAUGUGGAGGGAGGGGAGCUGUUUGACCGCAUCAUCGAUGAGAAUUACAACCUGACAGAGCUUGACACAGUGCUGUUCAUACGGCAGAUCUGUGAAGGGCUGCAGUACAUGCAUAAGAUGUACAUCCUACAUCUCGACCUCAAGCCAGAGAACAUUCUUUGUGUCAGCAGAGCUACUAACAAGAUUAAAAUCAUUGACUUUGGUCUGGCCAGGAGGUAUAAGCCGAGGGAGAAGCUGAGGGUCAACUUUGGAACACCUGAAUUUUUAGCUCCUGAAGUCAUCAACUAUGAGUUUGUUUCAUUCCCCACGGACAUGUGGAGCCUCGGCGUCAUCACUUACAUGCUGCUCAGUGGCUUGUCUCCAUUUCUGGGGGAUGACGACAACGAGACACUGAACAACAUCCUGGCUUGUCAGUGGAACUUUGAAGAGGAGGAGUUUACGGACAUUUCUGACGAGGCCAAAGAUUUCAUCACCCUUCUGCUGGUGAAGAGCAAGAGCUGGAGGAUGAGUGCAGCAGAGUCCCUCAGACACCCAUGGUUGUCAGACCAGAGUCUGCACUAUCGACUAAAUCAGAAGAGAAACAAAUGCCACUCCACACAUGCUCCUUCUCAAGAGAGCCAGAAAGAAACACUGUGAGGCCCUCAGCAUGCCUUUUGACAAUGUAGGGCCCUGGAGCCCAACACUGGACCAAUGCUGCUGUACCUGUAUGGCUACUGGAUAUCUACUCUCUGUCUCGCAUCUUUAUGUUUGCUUAGCUCUGCAGCUUAUAGUUCUGACCUGACUAGUGUUAGGCCCGUAGAAAAAAAAAAGAUGGUGCCUUCGAGGCACAAACCAUUUACUAGCAUUGUUACUAUCCUGCACAGCACAAAACUCAGACCGAACCACUGAGGCCUCUCUAGCUCUAUAAUGGUGUGCAGUCAUUGUAGCGUAAAAGAACAAACUGUUCCGCAAUGAUGUAUCCAAAAUAUUAGAGACUAAAAGCCUGAAUUGCUUGUCACUUCCAACACAAUUUCCAUGUGUAUCACUGAAAAGGUAAAGAAAAUCAGCAGUUUACCAUCGCUGUUAUUCUCCCUUUGACAGUGCCCAGAUUGUCAUGUUGUCCUGGUUUGUUGCAUGCGUUGCACUUUUUGGCCUAUUUCUUCAAGAUUUAGCAAACAACUUUAAACAAAAUAUAAACCGAACGUUGUUAUUUAAAUAAUAUAUUUUUGUGAAUACAGAUUUUUUUCUUUCUUUUAAUUUCUUUUAAAGUCUUAUAAAAAUGUUAUUCUUUCUUGAACAUAAAGUAAAAUACUUGCUGUACUUAGUUGAGGUUGACGUCACAACACAUUAAUUUUAUUUAUUUAUUUUGUACAUAACACAACACUGAAUACACUCAUUCACCUGAAAAGAAAGUGCCAUAUUCAGACCACAUUUCUGGUACACCUUCACUGUAGACUGGAUUGCCUUCUGUAUGCAUUCAUGCCACUAGAUCGCCUUCGCUUCGGCAGUUUGGAGUAGCCCUCUCACCUUCCAUGAAGGCAUAACGAACAACAGAAUACUACCUUUGAAUGAUUCAUAUUUAUGACUAAAGUGGAUUCUUAUGUUCAUUUAUUUACUGGUUGAACACCAGUCUGUACUUGAAGUGCAAAGCUUUUAUUCAAGAUGGGAUUUUUUUUCAGGAUUUCACUUAGUUAUGCACAUCAGUCAGUGUUUUAUUGUCCCAUUCUUUCUAAGAGAUGGGAAGUCGGAUGAAUAUUCGUCACUCAGUUGUUGGCUGCUCCAUUUGGAAAUGGAAAAGCUUUGUAAUUUUGAAUACUUGUUCAUUUGAAUUUAUGAUACAUUUUUCAUGUUUUCUUGUGUAAUGUUGAGACAGAUAAAUAAAUGUAGAAUAUAAACAAGCAAAUAAAUAAAGCACACAGAAAACAUUUGCAGUGUUUAUAAGAAUGUCUUUCUUCGGAAAUAAAAACACAGGACAAAAAUGAUGUGGUAAUUUGUAUGAAAGUUUCAUAUCCAUGCACAUCCACACUCUCAUAUCAGCAUUUUAGAUACGUUUUGAAAAAAGAAGAAAAGUUGAAAUCUGCAUGACAUGAAUGGCUAAUGAAGAAUACAACAAAU